AUGACAACAACUAAAAUAGUUGCAUCAUUUCCACCAAAACCUAGUCCAACAACAUCACCAACGUCACUAUUACCUUUAGUGACAGAAUCUAUUCGAGCAACACCAACAAUAGAUGAUAAUCUAUCGACUAUAGAUGAUGAUAUGAACUAUUCGGAAGAUGACGAAUUAGCUGCUGGUGAUGCACAACAAGCCGAAGAGCAUGGAGAAAAAAUAGUUUUUCUUCGAAAACGUAUACGAAAAUUAUUACUUAAAUAUCCAUCGGGUGUAUGGCUUUCAAGUGUUCAUAAACUCUAUCAGAAAUUAUUCAAUGAUAGCUUAAAUCUUGAGGAAUUCAAAUUAAAAAAUUUAAUGGUGUUUUUUGAUUGUGUAUCUGAUUUUAUUGACUCACGCCGUGAUCGACUACCUGAUUCAACUGAUCGACUUUUCUCACUUAAAAAAAAAUUUAUUGAGGCAACUAAACGAGAACAACAAACAUUUGAUCAAAUCAAGACGCCUACUAUCUUGUCUACUAUCAAUGAUGAUUCGAAUACAAUCAGUACAAAUCAAAAUUCAUUUAGACACAUAAGAAAUGAAAUAGAUCGACCAUUAGUCGAUUUGUCAUCAUUUGUUUCAUUCGAUUUUCAAUAUAAACAAUUGAAAUAUGAGACAAAUGAACCAUUCGAUGGAUUUUUAGGUACUGUAGAAAAUCCAUGGAAUAUUCACAUUGGAAAUAUACAGUUUAUACCAAAACGUGACAUUAUGAUGGCUGAAUUACAAGAUCAUUAUAAGCAAAUAUCAAAUGAAUCAAUAUAUGUAAUCCCAUUUGAACAAAUACAACCAAAUUUAUCUUGUAUUUAUUGUGAUGACGAUGAUACAUAUUAUCGCUCAGCUAUAAUACAAAUAGAUCAAAUAGCUAAUCCUGAUAUAAUAAUAUUAAAAAUCUAUCUUGUGGAUUAUGGUGUAAUUAUCUCUGAUAUAAAAUAUCAUAUAAAUUCAACAAAUUUAAAAUUUCUUCAUAAAAAUUUUUCAACAUUACGAACAGAAAUUUAUGAUUGUCGUCUAGCUAAUAUUCAUUAUCCACAAACAUCUAUUCAAUGGCAUGAGGAUGCAUCUCAAUUUAUUAAUAAUUUUAUUCGUGGAAUGGAUUUUUCAGUUGAAAUGAUAGGUUAUAUGAAUCCAUUUUAUUGUAUUUAUUUAUGGAUUGAACAAAAAUCAAUAAAUGAAUUACUUGUUCAACAUGGUUAUGCUAUUGAAUUUGAUGAUUCAAAAUAUUCAACUUUUCAACCAAUUUCAUCGGAUUUACAAACAAUACCAAAUAUACAAUCAACAAUAAAUAAUAAUUAUAUUGAUGAACACUUAUUAUUAAGACAACGAGAUAAUAAUAUUGAGUUUAAUAUUGAAGAAAAUAAUUUAAAACAUUUUAUUAUUUCAAUCGAUCAUGCAUAUUAUUUUGUUAAGCAUCCAUUUACAAAGAGACCCUGUUUACCAUGUUUUGAAGUAGCACGAUUAUUGAAUAAAGAUGAAAUAUAUGUUACACAAUUGAAUCUUAUUCGGGAAACAACAGUUACUCUAUCGGAAUCAAAUAUACCGUUAUUUAAUGAUUUAUGCUGCUUAUCGGAAUCAAAUAAAUGUCCACAUAUUCAUCGUAAUGAUGAUAAAGCUACAAUUAUACUUUAUGAUCUUAGUGCAAUCAGAGAUCAUUUACGUAAAAUUAAAUUUACAGAAGGUGAUGUUAUCGAUGCAUUCGGUCAAGAAUAUGAUAAUUAUGAAAGACCUGGAUAUUGGAAUGAAAAGAAGAAUCAUUAUAUAAGCAAAGAUAAUCUUCAAGCUCAUCAAGAAGAUUUAUAUCAACGAAAAAAUCUAUUAAAUUUUCGAAAAGAACAAUUGGUUUCAUUAUCUAAAUCUUAUCAAAAUUGUGCAUCUCAAAAUGAAAUACAAGAUAUUGAACAAGAAUUAAAAACUACAAAUGAAAAAUUAUAUUCUAUGGAAAAAAUAUUUCCUUCAACAGUAAAUAAUCAUUUAACACAUCGAUCAUCACCAUCAACACCAAUAUCAAAAAGAAAAUCAUCAAAUAAUAAAAUGCGUGAAACACUCUAUCGUAUAGCACGUCCAUUUGAUCAACAAUUUUCAUUAAAUAUUUGUUUUAAUCAUCAAUUUAUUACAAAUGAAAUCUUUAAUGAUAUUAAUAAUGAUGAUAUUGAAGAACGUUUUCAAGAUUUAAAUCGUAUAACAAAAAAUGUUAUAGAAUUUUUUAUUCUUGAAUCUGAAAUACUCGAUGAAAAUAAUCGUGAAUUAAUCAAUCAAGUACGAAAUAUUUCAUUAAAUAUAACUGAUAAUAAUAUUUCAUUAGAAAAACAUAUUGAAAAUUAUAAUUAUUGUUUGCAAAUUAUUGAACAUUUUCAACCAAUAAUUAAAUAUUGUCUACAACGAACUGAUUUAAUUGAUAUUAUGUGA